AUGACGGUUGGGGCUGGGAUUUCUGUGAGUAAUGGGAGGUUGAAUGUGUUGGGAGAGAACAUUCUGAGUGAUGUUCAUGAGAACAUUAUUGUGACGCCGGCAAGCGGUGGACUCUUGACCAAUGGAGCUUUCAUCGGCGUCCAGUCUAAUCAGAUUGGCAGCCGAAGGGUCUUCCCUGUUGGCAAACUCCAGGAUUUGAGAUUUAUGUGUGUCUUCCGAUUCAAGUUAUGGUGGAUGACGCAGAGGAUGGGCACAUGUGGCCAAGACAUUCCUUUUGAAACCCAAUUCUUGAUUGUUGAAGGACGGGACGGUGCACAUUUUGGUGAAGAAGGGGGGGAAGAAUCGGCAUUGUAUGUUGUUUUCUUGCCCAUUUUAGAGGGAGAUUUUAGGGCUGUUCUUCAGGGAAAUGCAAACAAUGAGCUGGAGAUAUGUUUGGAGAGUGGAGAUCCUGCUGUGCAAGAUUUUGAUGGGAGCCAUCUAGUUUUUGUUGGAGCUGGAUCAGAUCCAUUUGACGUCAUCACAAAUGCAGUCAAGACUGUGGAGGGACAUUUGCAGACAUUCUGUCACCGUGAGAGGAAAAAGAUGCCAGAUAUGUUGAACUGGUUUGGAUGGUGUACAUGGGAUGCUUUCUAUACUAAUGUCACUGCGGAGGGAGUGAAGCAGGGUUUGGAGAGUUUGGAGCGAGGUGGGAUUCCCCCGAAGUUCGUCAUCAUUGAUGAUGGAUGGCAAUCAGUUGGCAUGGAUCCAACCAGUGAGAAGGCACAAGCCGACAACUCGGCCAACUUCGCAAACAGGCUAACUAAUAUCAAGGAGAACCACAAAUUUCAAAAGGAUGGGAAAGAGGGUGAAAGGGUAGACGAUCCAGCAAUGGGAAUUAGCCACAUUGUUACUGAAAUUAAAGAUCAGCAUUCUGUCAAGUACGCAUAUGUUUGGCAUGCGUUGGCGGGAUACUGGGGUGGUGUCAGGCCUGGCAUGGCUGGGAUGGAACACUACGAAUCCAAGAUGGCUUAUCCCGUUUCUUCUCCAGGAGUUCAGUCAAAUGAACCAUGUGAUGCUUUAAACAGCAUGACCAAGACUGGCCUAGGACUAGUUAAUCCUGAGAAAGUCUAUAAUUUCUACAACGAGCUGCAUUCAUAUCUUGCAUCGGCUGGUAUUGAUGGAGUCAAAGUAGAUGUCCAGAACAUCCUUGAAACUCUCGGGGCAGGCCAUGGUGGAAGAGUGAAGCUGGCUAGAAAGUACCACCAAGCAUUGGAGGCAUCCAUUUCAAGGAAUUUCCCUGAUAAUGGUAUCAUUUCCUGCAUGAGUCACAACACAGACGGCUUGUACAGUGCAAAGCGAACAGCUGUCAUCAGAGCAUCAGAUGAUUUUUGGCCAAGAGAUCCAGCAUCACACACCAUUCACAUUGCAUCAGUUGCUUAUAACACCAUCUUUCUAGGGGAGUUUAUGCAGCCGGAUUGGGAUAUGUUUCACAGUUUGCAUGAAAUGGCUGAAUAUCAUGGAGCUGCACGUGCUGUGGGCGGUUGUGCUAUAUACGUCAGUGACAAACCUGGGCAGCAUGACUUUAACCUUCUCAAGAAGCUUGUACUUCCUGAUGGUUCCAUAUUGAGGGCUAAACUUCCAGGAAGACCGACACGUGAUUGCCUGUUCUCGGAUCCUGCCAGAGACGGAAAGAGUUUGUUAAAGAUUUGGAAUCUUAAUGACCACAAUGGAGUUGUGGGGGUCUUUAACUGCCAAGGAGCUGGUUGGUGUAAAGUCGGAAAGAAGAAUCUCAUUCAUGAUGAACAACCCGGCACAAUAACCGGAAUCAUUCGAGCUAAAGACGUCGACUAUCUUCCAAGAGUUGCUGGUGAUAGAUGGAACGGAGAUGCCGUUGUGUACUCUCAUUUACACGGAGAAUUGGUUUAUCUUGCCAAAAAUACGUCUCUGCCUAUUACACUAAAGGCGCGAGAAUAUGAAGUGUUCACGGUUGUCCCCGUCAAGCAGUUGUCCAACAGAACUGCUUUUGCACCAAUUGGUCUCACCAAAAUGUUCAAUUCUGGAGGAGCAAUCAAAGAAUUAAAUGAUGAAGCGGAAAAGCCUGGAACCGUCAACAUGAAAGUUCGCGGUUGUGGUAUGUUUGGAGCUUAUUCAUCUGUGAAACCGAAAAGAAUCCAAGUUGAUGCCAAGGAAGCCGAGUUUGAAUAUGAUGAAGCUUCCGGGCUUAUUACAUUUGCUUUGCAAAUUCCAGAAAAGGAGAUGUACCUCUGGGAUGUGACUGUUGAACUGUGAAGAAGUUAAUGGAACCUCGUCAAACAAGACCGAAUUCUCUAGUAGAAUUCUUGUUUCCAAUGUACCAAUUUUCCCUUCAAUUUCCUUUUUUCUUUUGCCCCUUUCAACAUCCCACGCGUUGUCUCCUACGGCGAAGUUUGUUUCUUGUCUGUGUAUGUCGAGAUCGAGAGGACUCGGUAGGAGGUUACAUAAUGUAGGCAUUAGGUGUUUCAUGGAUCCCUGUAAGACAUGAAUGGAUGAGUAUUAAAGCUGACAAGCUCAAUUAUCUCAGUCCAAACCAUCAGCUUCGAAGCUGUUACUCCCAGAAUAUCUGGUUAACAUAUUCAAUGAUCAACACUUCUUCAAUCCUAA